AUGCAAUCUCUUCCCCCCGAUGUUCAACUUGAUAUCUUAAAAUGCCUUAAUUUCGAACAAAUAUUCUCUUUCAAACAAACCAAUUUUUACUUUCGAAAUUUAAUUAAUAAAUACGAGAAUGGAUUGGCAAGAAAGAAACUUUAUCAACUCUUGCUUGUGUUUGUAAACACUUACACCCAUCGAAAGUCUGAUUUAAAUAAAGUAAUAGAACCAGAAUCUGGAGUCUUUGAACUUGCUUUGAAUGAUCAGCUUAAGAACAAAUGGAAAACAGCGAUAGCUAAAUCAAUUCCGCUGUUUUUACAUGAUUAUGAAGCUGGAAAAUACAACUUUAUGGUUGCUAUUUACAAAAAAGGUUGUACUCAACAGAGGAGACUCAUAUUAUCCCCUAGACUGAGAUAUAAAUCCCAGUUUCGAAAUAUCUCGAUUUUGGAACUGUUCUCUUGUUUUGAAGUUAAUUAA